AUGCCUCUUCACGGCGCGAGAGCCGCGGCUCUCCUGGCUUGGGUGAACAGCACGAAGGUUUGUACCGAUCCCCUCGAUGACCUGUCACAGCUCCAGGACUGUAGCGUCUUCAUCAGGAUCAUCAACAAAAUCCACAGGAGCGAGGAGGGGGAGUCUGUGCUGGAGCAGCCGCUGCCGGAGAGGAUCUCCUUCAUCCGCGGCUUCCUGCAGAAGCACUGCAAGCACAAAUCGGCCGCGGAGAACCUGGUCUCGGCACAGAAACUCCUGGAGGGAGAGGAGCUGGCGUUGGCCAAGGUGGCCGUGCUGCUCCUGUAUCACACCUCCAUGAGCUGCAAGAGCCCCGGGGACUGGAAUGAGUUUGACUACAAGACCCAGGUUGAGCUGGCGUCAAUCCUCAGAUUUGUGCUGGACAACGAGGAGAGCCUGAAUGAGAAUCUGGAGACGUUUCUGCAGAGGAAAGCACCGCUGUCCUCGUCCAGCGCGUCCGGCAGCAGCUCCGAGGAGCACUCCCCGCUGCUCUCCCUCCCGCACAAGCGAGAGGUGCGUUUCCUGGAGCUGCAGAAGAUCGCCUCCUCCUCCGGCGCCAACAACAUGCUCCCCGGCCCCCCGUCCUCGCCCAUGGGGGACGUCAUGCAGACCCCCCAGUUUCAGCUGCGCCGGCUGAAGAAGCAGCUGGCUCUUGAGAGAGAGAACCGGGAUGAGCUGGAGGUGGAGCUGGCAGAGAAUCGCAAGCUCAUCACAGAGAAGGAGGCUCAGAUCACCAUGAUGCAGCAGCGGAUUGACCGCUUGACUCUGCUCAACGAGAAGCAAGCCGCAGACCAGCUGGAGCCCAAGGAAAUGGAGGAGCUGCGGGAGAAGAACGAGAGCCUGAUGGUGCGCUUGCACGAGGCCCUCAAGCAGUGCCAGGACCUGAAGACUGAAAAAGGCCAAAUGGACCGAAAAAUCAACCAGCUCUCCGAGGAGAAUGGGGACCUUUCCUUCAAGCUGCGGGAGAUCGCCAGUCACUUGGUCCAGCUGCAGGAGGCCCUGAACGAGCUCUCGGAGGAGCACAACGCGGCCCUGGCGCAGUCGCAGGAAAAGCAGGGGCAGCUGGAGAGCGAGCUGCGUGCCGCCCUGCAGGAGAAGAAAUGCUCGGAGGAGAAGAUCGAGAUUCUCCAGGGGAAGAUUUCUCUGCUGGAGGACCAGCUGGCCAAGCUGGGGGAGUGCAGCGCCCAGGAGAAGGGAGAGGUCAUGGGAGACGUCCUGAAGCUGGAAGAGCUGAAGCAGGAGGUGUCCAGCCUCGCUGCUAAAGGGGCCGAGCUCCAGGCCACCGUCCUGCGGCUGGAGGAGGAGAAGCAGCUGCGGGAGGCAGCCCUGCAGUCCGAGCGUGGCCGCUUCGAGGAGGAGAAGCAGCAGCUGAGUGGCCUUGUCACCAGCCUCCAGAGCUCCCUCUCCGAGAGCCACCGGGUCAGGGAGAGGCUGGAGCAGGACCUACGGGACCGGGAGGCCGAGGCAGAGGCAAGGCGUGAGGGGGAGGCCGAGCGGCUGGCUGCCCUCGACGCCCAGCACGAGAAGACCCUGCGGGAGAGGGACUCUGCCCUGCAGCAGCUCCAGCACCUGCGGGAGGCCAACGCGUCCCUCGGCAGCCAGCUGCAGGCCAUGGCGCAGGCCCAGGAAGCCAGCCAGGCCGCCUCGGUGGAGGAGAAGGCUGAGCUGAGCCGCAAGAUCGGCGAGCUGGAAGCCAGGAUCCUCGAGCUCGGCGCCCAGCGGCAGCAGGGAGCGGCGGAGGGGCUGAAAGCCCAGCUGCGGGAGCUGGAGGGCAGGCUGAAGGAGAGCCAGCAGAAGCUGGCCGAGAGGGAGAGGCUGGCCCGGGGGAAAACCCGCCUGCAGGGGGGUGGGGGUUCCUGGGGGGAGGCCCGGAGGGUGGCGCGGGCCCGGGAGCUGGCUCCGCAGGAGCGGGCCGAGGAGCCAGCCAAGCACCAGGCGCUGGAGGAGAGCCGGGAGAAGCCGAUGGGAGCCUCCCCUGCUGCCCGAGGGGAGGAAGGAGAGCGCGGGCGGCUGGAGGAGGAGAUGCGGGUGCUGAGCCGGGAGCACAGCCGGGCCUGCCAGCGGCUGCAGGCUGAGCAGGAGAAGGCGGCGGCGCUGGAGGCCCGGGCGGAGCGCCUGGCCGCCGAGCACCAGGAGAGGCUGGCUGCCCUCCAGGCUGACCUGUCCAGCGCCCGGGCAUGGGCGAAGGAGAAGGAGGGCGAGGAGCAGAAGCUGAGGGCCGAGGUCUCCUCCCUGCGGGAGACGAUGGCCACCACGGAGCAAGCCACAGCCCAACGCGUGGCCGGGCUGGAGGCAGAUGCCCGGAGAGCCUCCGAGGCGCUGGAGGGGGUCUCCCAGCAGCUCUCCCAGGAGAAGCUCAAAUCCAAGGAGCUGCAAACCGCUGUGAAGAAGCUGUCCGGGGAGGUGACCCUGCUGGGCACCAGGCUGGAGGACACGCUGCGGGAGCACCAGCGGGAGCUGGCGGGCCGGGAGGAGGAAGCCGCACGCUUGCGGAGGGGGGGGGAACGGGCCAAGGCAGACUGCGCCGCCGAGCGAGCCCGCAAGGCAGAGCUGGAGGCGCAGCUGCAAAACUCCCUCAACGAGCAGAGGGUGGAGCGGUCGGUGCACCGGGAGGAGCUGGCCCGCUCCCAGGAGCUGGUGGAGGAGAAGGAGGGCGAGCUGGAGGAGCUGCGCCGGAAAAACGUCUUGCGGGGCGAGGAGCUGAGGGACCUGCAGAAGACGGUCAGCAAGCUGAAAGGAGAGCUCGCCUCGGCGGAGGUGGCCAAGGAACGGGCGCCCAAGGUGGACAACGAGGCCACCCGGAGCAGGGAUGCAGAGGGGGAUGGCGUCAAGGCCACCUGCUCAAAGGAGAUGUCCCUCAAAAGCUCGGAGGAGAAGACCCGUCACAAGGAGCAGGAAUCCGGCUCGAGCCAGGACCCUUACCAGGAGAAGCUGAAGGAGAGCCAGGCGCUUCGUUUGCAGGUGGAGGAGCUGGAGCAGAAGUGCAGGGAGCAGCAGGAGGCUAUGGCUGCCCUGGAGCGAGCGGCGGCUGAGGCGGCGAUGGAGCAAGCGGAGCUGGAGGCCUCGAGGAGGGAAGCGGCCCAGCAGAAGGAGAAGGCGUCAGAGCUGCAUAAGCUGCUGGAGGCCUCAAGGUCGGCGCAGGCUCUGCACGACGGCGCUGUGGAGGCCCUGCGAAAGGAGCUGCAGGAGAAAGGCAGGGAGCUGGUCCAGAGCAAAACCGCCAUCGCCGCUGCCGAGAAGGAGCUGGCGUCCCUCCGCUCCGUGGCGCAGGAGAAAGGCCGGUCGGAGGAGAGCUGGAAGGAGCAAGUGUCCCAGUGUGUCCAGGAGAUGGAGAGGAAGAACAGCCUGAUCAGCAGCCUGGAGCACGAGGUCUCCAUCCUCCAUCGGCAGGUGACGGAGAAGGAAGGGGAGAGCAAGGAGCUGAAGCGCCUGAUUGUCGCUGAGUCAGAGAAGAGCAAGAAGCUGGAGGAGAGGCUGCGGGUGCUGCAGACGGAGAUGGCCACCGCCGCCUCCCGGGCGGCCGAGAGGUGCUCACUGAUGAAGGUGGAGGUGCAGCGGUACCAGGAGGAGACGGAGAAGCUGCGGUUGACCAUCGAGGCCCUGAAGAGAGACCGUCACUGCCAGAGCGAGCGGGAGGACGAGCUGCGGCAGGAGGUGAAGGUCUGCCAGGACAAGUGCCUCCAGAAGGAGCAGCUCCUGGCCGCCCUGCAGCAGGAGCUCAGCAGCGCCCAGGCACUCGCCGGGGAGUUGCCGACGCUGAAGCACCUUUGCCAGCAGCUGCAGGCUGAGCGCGCCUCCCUGGAGAGCCAGCACCGCCAGGACCUGGAGCAGAGGGCGAAAGCCCUGGCCACUCUGCAAGCGGAGCUGGCGCGGGCCAAGCUGGAGGCGGCCGAGGUGCCCUCCCUGCGGGGGCGGGCGGCGGAGCAGGACCGGGCCAUCCAGCGGCUGCAGGCGGAGGCGGCGGAGCAGGCAGCGCGGCUGGCGGGGCUGCAGCAGGCCAACGCUCGGCUGGCCGAGGAGAACCGGGGGUCGGCGUCGGAGGAGCUCGUGGCCGGCAGCCGGCAGGAGGCCGAGGAGACGGCGCGGAAGCUGGGGGGGACGAUGAGAAACGAGUACGAGAGUGGCAAAGCGGCGGCGCUGGAGGAGAGGAGGAAGCUGCUGGAGGAGAGGCAGAGGCUGACGGCUCAGGUGGAGCAGCUAGAGGUAUUUCGGAAAGAACAAGCUAAGCAGGUGGAGGAGCUGAAUAAAAAGCUGACCCAGCACGAGAAGGCCGCCCGAACCCAGCAGCAGAGGGUGAAGGCGCUGGAAGCGGAGCUGCAGGCAGAAGCCGGCCGCCAGCAGGAGAAGGUGGCAGAGCUGCAGGCGCAGCUCGCCCAGAAGGAGCAGGCGGCCGAGCACUACAAAGGCCAGAUGGAGAAGGCAAAAACUUACUACGACGCAAAGAAGCAGCAGAACCAGGACCUGGCAGAGAAGCUGAAGGCCAUGGAGCAGCUGCAGAAGGAGAACGCGGAGCUCCGGAGCGAGUCAGAGAGGUUGGCCAAGGAGCUGCAGCAGAGCGUCCUGCAGGCCAAGGAGUCGGAGCUGAGCUGCAGGAGCCUCACCAGCCAGGUCCGCAGCCUGGAGGCUCAGGUGGAGUUUGCCAAUCGGCAGCUACGGGAGCUCGGCAAGUUCCAGGUGGCGACGGACACGCUGAAGGGCCGGGAGACUUUCCGCCAGAACCCUGCCGAUCUCAGCGCCGACAGCCUCGACCUCAGCCUCGACGAAGCGCAGCCGCUCAACUCCACCAGGAAGGUCGGCCGCUCGCAGUCGGAGGCCUCGGCGGUGCCACCAGGCAGCGAAGAGUCACUGGCGUCCCAGCGGCUGCCCCGCAAGGUGGAGUCCCUGGAGAGCCUCUACUUCACCCCCAUCCCCAGCCGGACGCGGUCCCAGCUGGAGAGCAGCGCCGGCUCCCUGGGCGACCUCUCGCUCGACUCCGGCUGCAAGACGCGCUCGGCCCGGCGCCGCACCACCAUCAACAUCACCAUGACGAAAGUGAGCGGCCCCUGGGCCUGGGGCAGGGAGGGAUCCGCAGGGCCGGAUCUCUGCGCUGAGGGCGGGGACGCGUGGUUUGCUGUGCCUGUUAUCCGCUUCCUCCCUUCCUCUUCGCCGCUCGCCCCAUGGGACAGCAGCCGGGCAGCUGCAGGGCACAGUACCCCGCGGGCCGCUCCAGGGUGGAGAGCAGCCCUGAGGAGAAGGAGUGGGGCCCUCCCUGCUUUGGGUUUAGGCCGCAGCAGCAUCUACCUGGGCACCUGCCAGGACGAGCCGGAGCCGCUGGACGACUGGAACCGCAUUGCGGAGCUGCAGCAGCGCAACCGAGCCUGCCCGCCCCACCUGAAGACCUGCUACCCCCUGGAGAGCAGGCCCUCCAACUCCCUGGGGACCAUCACGGACGAGGAGAUGAAGACGGGCGACCCGAAGGAGACGCUGCGGCGUGCCAGCAUGCAGCCCUCGCAGAUCACCGCCGGCAAGGCCGCCCCCCGCCACCACCUCAACUCCUCCUGGGGCCAGUACCUCGGGUCCCCUCCUUGCCACCGGCUCCCAGGGAGGGUGGCUCCGGAGCUCCGUGCCCCAGGUGAGGGUCCUGGUUUGUCCCCUCUCUUCCAGUCCAAGAAGCCGACCAGCUGCUUCCCGCGUCCCCAGACCCCCCGGGACCGCAGCGAGCGGCGCAGCUCCCAGGUCAGCCGGAGGAGUGAGCAGCAGGCCCCCGGCAAGCAGCCCGAGAGGCGCCAGUCGAUGGCGUUCAGCAUCCUCAACACGCCGAAGAAGCUGGGGAACAGCCUGCUGCGCCGGGCGGCCGGCCGGAAAACCACCCCCAAGAACUCCCCUCGCGGCAGCACCCGCCGCUCGCCCCGCAUCGCCACCGCCAAGUCCCCCAAGGGCAAGGCCAGUCGGCGAGCGCUCAAGGACACCAAAUUCUGA